GUUAUUUUAUUGUCAGUCCUUCACUGCACUCCUGGAAACAUUUUUGUUAUUUUGACAUGAUAAAGCUACACAAACGUCACUUCCAAUGAAAGGAAUGAGAACAACUUCUAUAUACUAUUGUAUUGUAAUAUCACAUAAAAAAUACAACGAUGCAGAAAAUCAAACUAUUGAAUACAAUAUUAGUUAUUUCAAUUAUAAACUUUCGAAAUUGGACGUUAAAGACAAAUCUGCAAGUGCGAGUAUAAAGAAGGGUUGCCCAUACAUGCAUCACAAAGAAGUCUACAAUAGUCUAAAAAAUGUACUAUCGAGACCGAAAAAAAUGAAGGGUGAUGUAAAUGAAGACAGUGAUCCGAAUCCAUUGAUUAUACCUGCGAUUAACUCAACGAAUGCUGUUGGAUAUUUGUCGGAAGAAGAAAUAGACAUUGCUGACCGAUGUUUUUCAAUACCCGAAUGUAAUUCUAGCGCUCAUUAUAGAACUUACGACGGUUCUUGUAAUAAUCUUCGAUUCCCGACAUGGGGACAAUCUGGUUUGGCGAACAUUCGUAUAAUCCAAGCCGAUUACUCCGACGGUGUAAGUCAACCAAGGAAAGCAAAAUCAGGCAAUGAUAUGCCGAAUGCUAGAAAAAUACGAACAAACAUUUUUCAAAAUCGGGAAUGCUCAAUUGUCGACCGUAACCUUUUUAUGGUAGAAUUAGGUCAAAUCAUUGCUCAUGAUACAACACUAGGAUUGUUGAAAAUUACAGAUGACGGAAAAGUUCCCCAAUGCUGUACUUCAAAUCACUCGAUGCCGGAAAACUUACCAAAGGAGUGUAUUUCGGUUGAGGUGCCAGACGAUGAUCCUGUUUUGGAAAGGAGAUGCAUUAAUAUCACAAGAAAUAUGGACACUCGUGAUUUAGGUUGUGACAUUGCGCCAGUGAGACAAGUAAUUGGUGUUAAUAGCUUUAUUGAUGGAUCGGUGAUUUACGGUUUGAACGAAGAGCAAGCAUAUUCAUUGAGAGCACAUAAAAACGGCAAACUCGCUACACAAGAGGGACCCGAAGGGACCGAAUUCUUACCCAAUGUCAGAAAUCCAGAAGACGUGUGCUUUGAAGCCGACAAUGACACCAUUUGCUAUACUUCUGGUGAUCUUAGAGUAAACCAACACCCUGACCUAGCGGCUGAGCACAUCAUUUUGUUGCGUUUGCAUAACGCUAUUUGCGACGAAUUGCUUAAGGUCAAUCCCCAUUGGGACGACGACAGGACAUAUCUAGAGGCCAGACGCUUGUUUGGAGCCAUAUACCAACAUGUCAUAUACAAUGAAUAUCUUCCUUCUCUUUUAGGAAAGGAUUUCGUAGUGGCCAACAAACUCUUGCCGGCUAGUGAAGGAUUCACCGAUGGUUAUGACGAAUUUUUGAAUCCGACGACCAUAACGAGUUAUCAAGCAGCCGCUUUCAGACUAGGACACACCCUUAUACCAGGAUACGCAGAACUUGUGAACAAUUCAUGGGACACAACGACGACUGUGAGUUUGAGCAGCUCCUACAACCAAGUACUACUGCUUCAAAAACCAGGAAUUUAUGAGAGUGUCAUCAAAGGAAUGCUCAAACAACCGGCUCAAGAAGCGGAUAGGUUUUUCCAAAAAGAGAUCACCGAUGAAUUAUUCAAAGGCGCUUCUUCAGAAGGCGAUGAUUUGAUAAGCAUAGACAUACAGCGUGGCAGGGACUACGGAGAACCGUCGUACAACAAAUUUCGUCAACUGUGCGGGCUACCCGAGGCAAAAAAUUUUAGUGACCUAACCGAUACGAUACCUCUAAAAUACGUGAAUCUAUUACAAGAACUGUACGAAGACGUGGAAGACAUAGACUUUUAUGUCGGUGGUCUACUGGAAAACAACAGACCCGGAGCCCUCAUGGGUCCAACUUUUCAGUGCAUAGUCGGAGAAAUGUUUUACAGGUGGAAAUUUGGAGAUAGUUUCUACUACGAAUUUAACAAUCGACCAGGAUCGCUUACUUCAGAUCAACUAAGUCAGAUCAGAAAAUCCUCACUCGCUCUAGUUUUAUGCGUCACGACUCAGGUAGACUCCGUACCACGUGUUACACUUAAUAAAUAUGAUGAUGGCCAAAAUCCGAGGGUGUCUUGUGAUUCAAUUCCAUUGAUUGAUUUUUCUCCGUGGAAAGAAUAUCACUAAUAAUUAUGUUAUUAGUUAUCACAUCACUUAUAGUCAGACAUAGUCGUAGUGAAAAAUAUAUGUAGCCCCUUUUAGAUUGUUAAUGUUUCUAUAAUAUUACUCACUUGUCACUCUACAAAUAUAGCACAUUUGAA